CAUGAGAACACUUGUCUCACUAUAACAUAAUUACUUACUUAUACAUUUUUAAAUACUCUUGGAUGAGACCAUAAGGGUUUUGAGGACAGGGAAGGUGUUAUUCAUUUGGUAAGGUACCUAAUUUUGGCAUUGGUAUCCAAACCUGAGACUCAAUUUCUGAUACACUGUGUAACACUGCAAGAAAUUUAGGUGUCUGUCCGGUCUGUUCGUCUCUCUAUUACUAGCGCCUAGCCAGAAUCUGGCAUAUAGUGCAUACGCCAAAAACUAUCGUUGCUUGACUAGAGGAAUGAAUUACUGGAUGGCUGGAUGAAUGUGGAUUUCUAUUUAUUGUUCUUCACCCCAAAUUGAAGUCCCUAACAAGUGCCAGGCCUGGGCUGGGACUUGGGGAUAUAAGUAGCCAUGUAUGGUACAAGGCAGCAGUGUGAGACUGCUGGCCCCCUCUGACCAGUCUCUGGUCCCUAUGAGCAGAGACCAGUCAGCCCUUUUUCAGUUGUUUCAUAGUUAGGCUGGGGGUACACCCAAGGCCCUCCAAGUUCUCUUCUGCCUAGGAUACUGAGAACAGAGCAAAGACUGGUAUUCCUCGGAGUCCCAUUCCUGAUCUCAAAAUGCCCAGCUAACUCUGGGCUUGCCUCCCGCAGAGCACCCCUCCACUACCUGCUCCUUUCCAACUGGUCGCAGCUCAGAGAAACGCAUGUGGUGGAGAGGUGCUUCUGUAGAGGAAGACUAUAGGGGAGAGGGGCGCCCCCUGCUCCCUCUGGCUGAGAGCUGUCCAGGACAAGCCCUCCACCACCCCAGCCAGCUGGUCCAACUGGAAAUCCCAGAUAAGCCCCGGUUCUGGUCAGAACUAGUUUGGCAGCUCUGGGGGAACGUUUCUGGCUGACUGACCCUCCCCACAGCAGGAGCUGGCAGUUUUGCAAAAAAAGAAGAAAAAAAAAAAGAUAAUGGAACUAAAGGAACUAAGAGGAGUGGCUUCAAUUAUUUGAAACACUCCAAAAUUUUGCUCGCUUGCAAGUGCAAGUUUACACUUCGGGAUCCCAACGAGAUUGCCCCCAUCCCGUGCCCGGCCUUCCUUCUCUCACACUCUCUUCUCUCCUUUGCAGUGCAGUUUUGUUGCGAUUCGAUUUAUUUUGCAGCGCGAUUGUUGAAGUGAUCUCAUACUCCCCGCAAGCAGCGCGACUUUUAGUCGAUGCAUUUUUUCCCCCUCUCCCGCAAUGCUAUUGUUAUUAUUAUUAUUAUUGCCAUUCAAUCUCCUUGCCUUUUCCUCUCCCUACGCGAAUCGCGCUCCGGCUGUGAUUGCUCCGGUCUGAUUUUGCGAGUGGCGGUGCGCUUCCAAACCCCCCUCACCCGCCCCCCGCCCCUUUCCCUCCCCCCCCCCACCUCUUUUCCGCGCCCAGGCGAGAGCAGCCGAUUGGCAGAGCGGUGCUUUCAGGAACAAUAACAGUUGGGGGAGCCCGGGUCCUGGGGAGCCGCCCCCGCCCCCCGGCGCGGCAGCGCAGCUCGCGCCCCCCGCCGGGUCCCCACCUCCGCGCCCGCCCCGCGGGCUGACCGGCCCGACCGGGGCCCGCCCCCGGCGCCCACCAUGUACGCCUUUGUGCGGUUCCUGGAGGACAACGUCUGCUACGCGCUGCCAGUGUCGUGCGUGCGCGACUUCAGCCCCCGCUCGCGGCUGGAUUUUGACAACCAGAAGGUGUACGCCGUGUACCGGGGCCCGGAGGAGCUGGGCGCCGGGCCCGAGAGCCCCCCGCGCGCCCCCCGCGACUGGGGCGCGCUGCUGCUCCACAAGGCCCAGAUCCUGGCGCUGGCAGAAGACAAAUCUGACCUUGAAAACAGUGUGAUGCAGAAGAAAAUAAAAAUCCCCAAACUUUCUCUCAAUCACGUAGAAGAAGAUGGGGAGGUUAAAGAUUAUGGGGAAGAAGAUUUACAGCUUAGACACAUCAAGAGACCCGAGGGGCGGAAGCCCAGCGAAGUGGCGCAUAAGAGAAUUGAGGCAGUGGUGGCCCGGCUGGAGAAGCAGAACGGCCUGAGCCUGGGCCACAGCACAUGUCCAGAGGAGGUCUUCGUGGAGGCUUCACCGGGCACAGAGGACAUGGACAGUCUGGAGGACGCUGUCGUGCCCCGGGCUCUGUAUGAGGAGCUGCUGCGCAACUACCAGCAGCAGCAGGAGGAGAUGCGCCACCUCCAGCAGGAGCUGGAGCGGACUCGGAGGCAGCUGGUCCAGCAGGCCAAGAAGCUCAAGGAGUACGGGGCACUCGUGUCUGAAAUGAAGGAGCUCCGUGACCUCAACCGGAGGCUCCAGGACGUGCUGCUCCUGAGGCUUGGCAGUGGUCCCGCCAUUGACUUGGAAAAAGUAAAGUCAGAAUGUCUCGAGCCCGAGCCGGAGUUACGGAGCACUUUCAGUGAGGAAGCAAAUACGUCGUCCUAUUACCCCGCUCCUGCACCUGUCAUGGACAAGUAUAUCCUAGACAAUGGCAAGGUCCAUCUGGGAAGCGGGAUUUGGGUUGAUGAGGAGAAAUGGCACCAGCUCCAAGUAACCCAAGGAGAUUCCAAGUACACAAAGAACUUGGCAGUCAUGAUUUGGGGAACAGAUGUUCUGAAGAACAGAAGUGUCACAGGAGUUGCCACAAAAAAAAAGAAAGAUGCAGUCCCUAAGCCACCCCUCUCGCCUCACAAACUAAGCAUUGUCAGAGAGUGUUUGUACGACAGAAUAGCACAAGAAACUGUGGAUGAAACUGAAAUUGCACAGAGACUCUCCAAAGUCAACAAGUACAUCUGUGAAAAAAUCAUGGAUAUCAAUAAAUCCUGUAAAAAUGAAGAACGAAGGGAAGCAAAAUACAAUUUGCAAUAAACUUUGGAUUUUUCAUAAA